GACGCCUGUCGCCGACGCCGACAUGAAGGUGCCGAGGGCGCGUGGACGUCGUGUAAUAGAGGCGGUUCGCUCAAGACUACAUGUAGUAACGAGGUCGAUGGGGUCUGCGACGCGCGUUGCAGCUGCCUCGGGCUAUCCAAGCUUCGUGAAAAUCGUGGAGGUGGGGCCGCGUGACGGACUGCAGAACGAGAAGACCAAUGUGUCAACGGACGACAAGGUCAAGUUUAUCAACUUGCUGUCCGAAACGGGUCUGUCUGCGAUCGAGGCGACGUCCUUCGUAUCCCCCAAGUGGGUCCCGCAGAUGGCCGACAAUGCCUACGUUCUGAAGGGAAUCUCGCGGAAGCAGGGCGUUUCGUACCCGGUUCUGACGCCAAAUAUCAAGGGUUUCGACAGCGCUGUGGCGGCUGGGGCGGAGGAGGUUGCCAUCUUCGGGGCAGCGUCUGAGGCGUUCAGUCAGAAAAACAUUAAUUGUUCGAUUGAAGAAAGUCUGGAGCGCUUCCGCCCGGUGUGCGAGAAGGCGAACUCACUAGGAAUCCGUGUUCGUGGAUAUGUUUCGUGCGUGCUGGGGUGUCCGUAUCAAGGUCCUGUAGAUCCGUCUGCUGUCGCUACUGUUGCUCUAAAGAUGCUCGAAAUGGGCUGUUACGAAGUGUCUUUGGGCGAUACGAUCGGUGUCGGGAAUCCAGCAUCUACGCUGGCGAUGCUGCAAGCCACCAAGCAGGUCAUUCCGGCUGAGCGUCUAGCCGUUCACUUCCACGACACGUAUGGGCAAGCGCUGUCCAACAUCUUGAUCGCGCUGCAGGAGGGCAUCGCUGUCGUUGACAGCUCUGCUGCUGGAUUGGGCGGGUGUCCGUACGCCAGCGGAGCGUCCGGAAACGUGGCGACUGAGGACGUGCUGUACAUGGUACACGGUCUUGGCAUCCAGACGGGCGUGAAUCUCGACAAAGUGAUAGAAGCAGGAGAUUUCAUCACAAAGCUGCUCGACCGUCCGACCCACUCAAAGUCGUCUCUGAUGCCGACGCACAUCAUCAAGGUGGCCAAAUCCCACUUCUUUCCAUCACUGCUGUUUUGUACACGCAUGGGCAGCUCGAACUCCAAGAGCAAGCAGCACGCGUCCUCGACCGGCGGUGCUGACAGCGGCGCUGGAGCCAGCGGUGUUCGCGCGCAGAUCACGUCCAAGGACAAGGCCAUUCUUGACCUUAAAAACGCCCGCGACCGGCUCAAGAAGUAUCAGUCGCGACUCGAUAUCGAGGCCAAUCAACUGCAUGACAGCGCCAAGCGACUGCUACAGGCCGGUAAAAGGGACCGAGCAAAGCUGGCGCUAAAGCUGAAGAAAUACAAGGAGCAGCAGAUGCACCAGGCCGAUGAACAUUUGAUCCAAGUGCUGGGUAUGCUGGACACAGUGGAGUGGGAGACCCAGCAACUGCAAGUGUUUGAGGGUCUGAAGGCGGGUAACUCCAUCUUGAACGCCAUACACAAGGAAAUGUCUGUGGAAGCGGUCGAAGAGCUGAUGCUGGAGACGGAAGAAGCGCAAGUCACGGCAAACGAAAUUAGCAGGAUCAUUGGUGGCAACUUGACCGUCGAGGACGAAGACGCAGUGCUCAGCGAACUCGCAGAGAUCGAAAAACUGGAGGCGGAUGCACUCGCAGCAGCGAUGCCCCCGGACCCCACCGCUGCGCUUAACACAGCGGACAUUUCGAUGGACGUUAUCGCUGCAACAUCAACAGAAGCAGGUGCCAAAUCCAAGACCCGCGCUGUCAAGAACAAGCAGGAAGCUGUGGCAAUUCUAGGAUGA